UAAUGUUCAUUUUUAUUUCACAAUCAAAUGUUAUUUGGGGGCAGGAGUGUACCAAGAGAUUUCUGGAGUUCCCUGUAGUGCAACUCUUAGGACAAGAGAUUGGGAAUAAUCCACCAAAAGGAGGGAAAAUGGAUGAUAAACUAAAAGUCCUUCAAGAGUAUCAGUUCAAUUAUUCAUCCACUAAUAUAACCAGUCUUAUAUUGGGUAUUGAUAUUAGGGAAGCUACUGGUGAUCGUAGUCUCUUUCCCAGUGUCCAGCUCUUUAGACGUAAUGGUAACAACAAUAAUCAGUAUCCUCUAGUGGCUGAUAGUAAAAGAACAAUUUAUUAUUCUACCUCCAAUUUUAGUACUAGUGGAGUGUUUGAAUAUCCACUCAAUCCUCCUAUACCAGUAAUGAGUGGAGACCUGUUAGCUGUAUCACAACCACCUCAUGAAGAGAGUAUUAUUAGAGUCUACUAUAUCAGUGGCAUAACAGCAAAUAGUCAAGAGUUUGACUAUGACGAUACACAUGUUAACUUAAAUAAAAGUCCAAUUACAAAUGAGUUGAUAUUAGUAUAUCCAGUAACAGAUGGAUACUGUGUUAAUAGUGCCAAUUCAAUCAAUGCUUCAAUUAUUAGAGAAAAUGCUCUAAAAUUACUUAAAUCCAAACGGUCCAAAAAUGACAGACAAUACUUGUAUCCAGAUAUAGUGUUCUCUUGUAAUGGUUCACUUACUAAAUGGAUCUAUGGAGGUAUUAAUCGUGGUAACAAUCCUCCUAAUAGACUACCUGAGCUCCAAAUAUGGCGUCAACUGGGUCCCAAUAAUUACAAUAAAAUAGGAUCUAGUUUAGUUAAUGCUAAUACAAUGAUUGGUACUAAUCUCUAUGAGUUUAUUCCUCAGACUCCACUGCAGUUUCAGGAAGGAGACAUAUUUGGUGCUUAUUAUCCUCAUGAAAAAGAGAGUUCAAUUAAUCUUUAUGAACAGGAAAGAUUUGGGCCUCAAAAUCUACGCAUUGACUCAAAUUACCCUCUAACUACCAUAACUCAAGCAUUGAUGCCUGAUAAUUAUAACUUCCCUUUAGUUACAGUGAUUAUAUCAAAAGCAACACAAUCAAGUGUCCUCACUGCAAUAACUACUAACAUUCUUACAAAUUAUGUCACAUCCAGUAGCAGUGGUAUAAUACAAUCAACCUCAACAAGACUAUCAAGCAGGAGUCAUGUAGGAUCAAGCACAUCCUCUAAUGUGUUAUUUGUUUCUUUCACAAGGUCAAGUUUACUGACAGGUUUUACAACUUUGAGUCAUUCCAUUCCUUCCAAAACAAAUUUCCACUUUACAUCAUCAUCAUCUAUAAAUCACUCCAUCAGUAUUAUUAAUCCAUCUUCAAGCAAUACAACAUCACCUUCUUCCACAUCUAUUGCAUUACUUGCUGUCAUUGUCACUGUAGUCCUUAUCCUCUUUAUACUGGUGGUUGUCAGCAUAUUCAUUAUAAUCAUGUUGAAGAGAAAAAACAAGGUAACACAGCUGAGCAGCAACGAGGGAAUAAAAGAUGAGAACAACUCAUUUCCUCCUAUUGAUAAUCCUGUCUAUCAGGAUACUGAUAAAAGAAAGGAAGUAAGUUCAUUCCACUAUGAAACAGAUUGUAGUUUCUAUGCAGAGGCAGUUAUACCAGAACCAAACUAUGAAGAGCCAAAAUUCCUAAAACCAGCACACCAACCUAAUUAUGAGUGGGGAUCAAUAGUACCAAAUAUGUCACAGAGAGACAACACAAACACAAGUCGCAGGAUUUAUGCUGAAUUGGAGCCAUCCCAAUACUACAAUGUGGGCCAUGAAUAUGACUCCACAGUCAUGGCUAAUAAUUCCUUUUUUGUUGAGAGUGUAUCUUUUUGGUUGCCUGGCUCUGACUGCUCCAGCAUAUAUGAACAAUUGUCAAGGAACAAGUUCAGAGAGCUAACACCUGGACAGAUAAAGGUUGGGGAUCGUCUUGGUUCAGGACAGUUUGGUAGUGUUAGUAAAGGUGUAUGGGAGUCUCCUACUGGCCCAGUAGAUGUUGCCAUUAAAACACUCAAUAAUAACACAUCAGAGGAUGAGAAGGUCAAGUUUCUUCAAGAGGCAGCCAUUAUGGGUCAGUUUCAUCAUCCUAACAUUGUCAAGUUACAUGGAAUGGUCACUGUUGGAGAGCCAAUGAUGAUAGUACUGGAGUUAAUACCUCAUGGAGACAUGAGACAAUACCUUCACACUCUCCAACCACAACCAGGAGAACUGGUAGCAUCAACAGUACCAGGUCUACUGCUCAGUUUCUGUCGUCAGAUUGCUUCAGGUAUGGAGUACUUGUCUAAGAAAGGGUUUGUACACAGAGACCUGGCUGCUAGGAAUAUACUAAUAGCUGACAAAGAAGUCUGCAAGAUAUCUGAUUUCGGAAUGUCAAGAGAUUUACAAAAUGAAGACUAUUAUCUUUCAAGUGGAGGCCAAAUACCAAUCAAAUGGACAGCUCCUGAAGCCCUCCAUUACAAGAAGUAUUCCUCAGCUAGUGAUGUAUGGAGUUAUGGUGUACUGCUGUAUGAGAUAUGGAGUCUGGGACAUAAACCGUUCCAUGAUAUCACAAACCAAGAAGCAAUUAGAAAGAUUGAGUCUGGGGUUCGUCUCUCUCCUCCUUCUGGCUGUCCAAGAGAAGUCUAUAAGAUAAUGAUGCAAUGCUGGCAUCCUGAAAGAGAUCAUAGGCCAACAUUUGCCAUCCUUGUCACUUCCUUCUGUCAAUCUGAUUCGUCACUCAUUAGUUUGUCUCCUAUUGAUACCCAGUGUCACCCUCAAGCUGGUAUCCUGGGUGCUCCACUGGAGGCUGGACAGGACAUGUUCACUGACCUCCAGUCAAUGUACUUGUGAUUGUUUCUGUGUUCAUAUUGUACAGCCAACAUGUUUUUAACUCUUUUUUAUUUGUAUCUAGUAUCAUGAGUCUAUUUUGUUCCUUUUUAAAAAGCCAGCCAACAAGUUUUGACAUUAUUA